GGGGUUCCUACAUUUGUGCCUGCCUAAGGAAGACAUGCAACCUCCCCACUUUGACCAAAUAUCCUUGAUCCUGAACCCGGCCAAUACCAAGCACAUUGUUCAUUUGUUCUAAACAAUAACAAAUCUUUGUUUCCUUUUGUUGUUCAUUUCUAAUUUUAGAUAUUUAACAGAUUUGUUUGGUGGAUGAAUGAUCUGGUUUGUGAUGUUUUGAAAUUAAGAGAGAAAAGGGAAUGAUUAUCUCAGCUUCGGAAAGGUAAUGAACAUCUUUUACAGAAAGAACAAGGGAGAAGAGGAAGGAGAUAAUGUUGCAGAGAGCAGCGAGAAAUGCAUAUUCAUGGUGGUGUGCUAGCCAUAUCAGGACAAAACAAUCCAAAUGGCUGGAGCAGAACUUACAAGAUAUGGAGGAGAAGGUAGACUACAUACUGAGGAUACUAGACGAGGAUGGGGACUCCUUCGCGAGAAGGGCAGAAAUGUACUACAGAAGAAGGCCUGAGCUUCUCAACUUUGUGGAAGAUUUCUUCAGAAGCUACAGAGCUUUAGCAGAGAGAUAUGAUUACAUCUCAAAAGAGCUUCAGAGUGCUAAUAGAACCAUUGCCACUGUUUGCCCUGAAAGAGUCCAACUAGACAUGGAGGAUGAUGAUGAGAGCAGCGAAACCUUCCCUGAAAGGCCUCAAGGGGAAAGGAAUAUCAUCUCCCCAAAAGAUUUGCCUGCCGCUCCAAAGCUAAGCAUUCCCGAAAUUGUUUCAAUGGCCAACAAGAAAGCGAAACCGUCGAGGUUAAUGUCUACCAAGGGGCUUCUCAAGUUCAAUGACGAUGCUGAAUCAACACAUCCAACCUCAGGGCUGAGCAAAGACGAGGCGCUUAAUGAAAUCGAUAAGAUUCAGAAGCAUAUUUUGGCGCUACAAACCGAGAAAGAGUUUGUGAAGAGUUCAUAUGAAAACGGUGUUGUCAAGUAUUGGGAUAUUGAGAACCAAAUCACAGGGUUGCAGGCAAGAGUCACCUCCCUACAGGAUGAAUUUGGAAUUGGCGCUGUAAUUGAGGACGACGAGGCACGAACUCUAAUGGCAUCCACUGCACUGAAGUCCUGCCAAGAGACAUUGGAUCGCUUACAUGGACAACAGGAGCAGAUCAGCGAAGAGGCAAAGAUUGAGCACGAUAAGGUUGAAGAUGCACGGCUAAGAUUUCAGUCUCUCGUCAAAACAUUUGAGGGUUGCCAACAACCAGCCCCCAUGGGGAAAUUACCCGUCAAGCAGAAUAUGGAGGAGUCCAUCAAAUCAGAUAAUAAUAGUAAUAAUAAUAACAACAAUAAUAAUGAUAGCAGUAAUAAUAAUAAUCAGAAAAUUGAGAAUACUAAUACACAACAUGAAAAGAUUGAUAUAGAGUCCUUGCGUGUAAAGAUAAAAGAAGAGAUACAAUCUGGUGGUACAAGCGCCCACCUAACCAUAUCCGGUCUAGCAGAAAAGGUUGAUGAGCUUGUGGAUAAGAUCAUACAUUUAGAAAGUGCAGUGGUGGAUCAGAAUGCUCAGGUGAACAGAUUGAGAGAAGAAGCAAACGAUCUUCAUGCUAAUCUUCAAAGAACGGAAGAGGAGAAGGAGUCUUUGCUCAAAGAUUCAGAAACAAUGGGCAAUAAGAUCAGAGAACUGGAAGAAGAGCUUCAGAAAGUUCAGAACCUAAAUCAAAGCAUCACUGAGCAAAGCAAGUACAUAUAUACGCGAAUCACCGAAGCAAGUUGCAGAGUUGAUGACCUCUCAGGGAAAUUACUAAAUGUGUUGCCAGAUGAAGAGGUCAAAGAUGCUAUUUCAGUCAAACCUGUGAAUAGUGCUUCUUCCGGGGAACCCACAGAUGAUGCCACGGUUCUUGAUGGCAAUUCAUCAGGGUCUGGAGAUCAAGAGACAAAUGUUAAGUUUGAGAAGGAAGAAAGUAGUAUUAGUGUUCCGUACACUAAUCCAACUUCAAUAAAGGGAUUCCAAACACAAGACGGUUUAGCCACUGAUCAUAGCACUUCUGCCAUCUCUGGGAAUAAAUCACCGAAAGAGAAACAAAUGAAAGAUGGAAUUCAUCACGAUUUAAGUACAGUUGCGGGGCAAGACGAACAUGGUGCAGAUGAUGGUGAACCAAAUUGGAGAGCAUUGUUUGUAAAUGGUUUAGAUGAGAGAGACAAGCUUCUACUUGAGGAGUACAUUUCGGUCCUAAGAAAUUAUAAAGAAU